AUGGUGGAGGCGCUGUGCAAUAAGUGUCGAGCAGCGCCUCCACUUAGCGGCGACUCCUGGUGCUUGGCUUGCACCGCGUGCGAGUCGAUCUCGUGCGAGCUUCGGUCUCGCUGGGGUUCGCACGAGCUGAGGAGGCUCGCAGCGGACGAGCUCGUGGAUCAGAGCAAGGCCAUCAAGACCCUGCGGAUCCUCUCCCUACGCUUGCGGUUCGAGGGGGCAGACCGAAGCGGGGCCAGAUCGGGGCCUUCUACAGGAGCAGGUGUUGCACUGGGAGCCACCGGAAAAGCCAAGCCAGGACCACCGCCGAAGGCACCGCCCAUCCUCAAAGAGGCUACAGGCAAGACACCGGAGGUCAUUGAAGAGGAGGUUGAAGUUGAGAAGUACGAGGAGGAGUCGGAGUAUUCGUACGAGACUUCGGAGGAAGAGGUUGACACUUGGCAGGAAGCAGAGAGGCCUCCCGUUGAACGCAAACCCGAGUCGCCGAAGAAGGGCGCUGGGAGUGCAGAGGUUGCAGAGGACAAGAAGGAGAGGAAGCGUAAGAGCCGAGGAGAAGAGAAGGUUGAGAGCAAAGCUUCAAAGAAGAAAGAGAAGAAAGACAAGGGAGAGAAGACCAGGUCAGUGUUUCCCUCAUGGGCCGAGGGGGAUUCCUUCGGUCUGGAGGGAGGACCGGACUGGCACAUGGUGACGCCGGUGCGAGGAGACGUGGCAGUUGUGGCCAUCAAGGACACCGACAUUCCGGCCGAGGCAGAGGAAGAGGUUGCAUUCUUGGUGAUGAACAGGUUCGUCACCCCCGAAGGAGGAAUGGGCUUGGACGUCAAGUCCAUCGGGGGAUCAACACCGGAGGUCUCUCGCCAAUUUUCGAGUUGGUUCAAUCGGAAGCAAGGGGUGUUGCAUUUGUGUUCAAGUACUCCCUGCACCUACUCCGAAGACCACUAUGUGCACACGACUCGGGCCAGAUUCUUCACUCGAGAAGGUUUCAAUGCCCCUUACUUUGGGGCCGCUCAGAGGAGGCAGGUUGGACGUUGGCUUGGAGAAGGAGACGGAGGAGCUGGCGAGAGCGAGGUUAUCGAGGCUGGGGGAGAGUCAGUGAAAGCGACCAGUACCUCCGCGUCGAAGCGGAAAGACAAAGGCAAAGGAGAUGGUUCAGGUCGUUUAGAGAAACCUGGACAACGCCCUGGCGCUCUGAAACGCCCCAGACCCGUGACCAAGGCAGCACGGCAAGAACCAGAUCCAGCGGAGGAGCCCCCGUUGAAAAGGAAGAGGAAUGGAGGAGAGCAGGACGCCAUCGACGAGGACCUGACAUUAGAAAGUACGGCCGGUGUUGGAGGAGAGAGUGCAAACGAUUUGAGGGAGAAGUUGGAUGCACUCAGAGAGAGGUUGGGGGCCCGGCCGAAACGCCGAGUGAGCUUUGCAGAGGAUGCCAACCAAGAUCAAGAGCCCGAGGAAGUGUUGCGGGAGGCUGCA